AUGGCGGCGCAAAUCUCGACCAUCGCCGAAUCGAAAGAGGUGCGCGGUCUCAACCUCAUCGCCGCCCACUCGCAUGUUCGCGGUCUAGGUGUUCAGCCAGACACGCUGGCCCCCAAGCCCGCCGCCGAGGGUCUCGUUGGCCAACAGAAGGCACGCAGGGCAGCUGCUGUCAUCCUCCAGAUGGCUCGCGAGGGCAAGAUCGCCGGCCGAGCUGUACUCAUCGCAGGACCGCCAUCUACCGGAAAGACUGCUAUUGCCAUUGGUAUGAGCAAAGGAUUGGGCGAGGAUGUGCCAUUCACCAUGUUGGCCAGCAGCGAGAUCUUCUCGCUUGAGAUGAGCAAGACCGAGGCGCUGGAGCAGGCCUUCCGUAAGAGCAUAGGAGUUCGCAUCAAGGAAGAGUCGGAAGUCAUCGAGGGAGAAGUCGUCGAGAUCCAGAUCGACCGCAGUGUAACAGGCGGCAACAAGCAGGGAAAGCUCACCAUCAAGACGACCGACAUGGAGACUCUGUACGACAUGGGCACCAAGAUGAUCGACAGCAUGACCAAGGAGAAGGUCCAGGCCGGCGACAUCAUCUCCAUCGACAAGGCCUCGGGCCGCAUCACCAAGCUCGGCCGCUCCUACACACGCUCGCGCGACUACGACGCCAUGGGCCCUGACACCAAGUUUGUGCAGUGCCCCGAUGGCGAGCUCCAGGUCCGUCGCGAAGUCGUCCACACCGUCUCCCUGCACGAAAUCGAUGUCAUCAACUCGCGAACUCAAGGCUUCCUCGCCUUGUUCAGUGGUGACACUGGCGAGAUCAGAUCCGAGGUCCGCGAGCAAAUCAACACAAAGGUCGCCGAGUGGAAGGAAGAGGGCAAGGCUGAGAUUGUGCCCGGUGUUCUCUUCAUUGACGAGGUCCACAUGCUUGACGCCGAGUGCUUCUCGUUCAUCAACCGUGCCCUCGAAGACGAACUGGCACCCAUUGUCAUCAUGGCCAGCAACCGCGGUCAAACUCGCAUUCGUGGCACUAGCCACAUCAGCCCUCACGGUCUACCUCUGGACUUCUUGGACCGUCUCGUCAUUAUCAGCACCCAAGCAUACUCGCCCGACGAGAUCAGAGAGAUUUUGAGCAUUCGUGCACAAGAAGAGGAGGUGGACGUAUCGGCUGAUGCUCUUGCUCUCCUGACCAAGAUCGGCCAAGAGACCGGACUAAGAUAUGCCAGUAACCUCAUCACCACUUCACAUCUGCUGGCGCAAAAGCGCAAGGCAAGGGAGGUCGAAGUGAUGGAUGUCCAGAGGAGUUUCGAGCUAUUCUAUGACCCGAACCGCAGCAUGAAGUUUGUUGCAGAGUUUGAGAAGAGAUUUAUUGGUGAUGAGGGAGGUGUUGAGUUGGGUGGCAUGAACGGCAACCCUGAUGCCAUGGAGAUUACUGCCUAG